AUGGAAUCACUAGCUGAAAGUAAAAAAAGGGAGGAGGGGAAAACACAAGAGAAAGAUGUCCAAUGGAUCGAAUAUGAUUGCCUAUUUACAACUGAGAUAUCAAAUGGACAGUGAGUUAAAAAGAGAGGAGCUACAAUUUAGAACAGGAAGAAUUGAAUGAAAGAAAAGUACAUGAUUCCUUCAUCACUCACCAAGAAGCUUUAACUAAUGCAUUAAAAGAUACAAUUGCAGCUCAACAGAAACAACAAGAACAGUUGAUCCAAUACAUGCAAGUGCAAAAUGCUGCACUCAUUGACUCACAGCACUUAUGCAGAACAUUGCUAAUAAGGACUAGUAUGUUUUUGUACUUCUUGCCAUUAACUAUGAUUAUGUUAUUUUUAAGUAUAAUCAUGUUGCAUGUUAAUCCCAAAAGACAAGUCUUGUAGUUUAUUUAAUAAGCACAUUUUUAUAUUAAAGGAAUUUGCCUUGUGUGAGAAAUUGCUAUGUAACAGUAUACGUUUCAUAAAUAAACAGAUGCCUCACAAACACAACAUCAUACUCUCAAAAUUGUAAUUGUAAUGAUUUAUACAUGGGUAUACAAAUGCAAGAGUGACUAAAUUGGUUAGCAACAGUUGGUAUAGAAAACCUAGAUUAGGAUUACAAUCUAUAAGAUUACGCUCCAGAGACCUCCGCUUUAUUUCGAGCAUAAAUAAGUAUUUUUUAAGCUUUUGUACAACAUAUCCAAUGAUAUGAAAGCUAAAGACCUUGUGCAUCUAUUUAUCAUAUUUUGGAUUUGGAUUUAUAUUGUGGUGUAAAGUUAUUUUGGAUCGUCUUACCGUAUAAUGUACAUUAUUGUUGUGUCACAUGCUGCAAAGCUAAACUUUUGGAUAUUGCUUGUUAUAUCUUUGGCUUUAUUUGUCUUAUUUGUAUGUAUGUAACUUGCUACGUAUUCUACCAACGGUGUUUUAACUUUCGCAUGUUAAUUUGGUCUCAUUUGGUUACCUUGUUUGUGUUUUAUUAAAGUAUUAUUAUUUUGAUGGUGCUUUAAAUUUGAAUUUGCCAUGUUGUGUUCCUAGGCAACAACUUUACGGCAGCAUAUCUUGGUUCUACAUCUUUCAAAACAUUUUUUACUUUUUAUUUAUGUUGUUCUUAUCAUUCGCUAUAUUUUGGUAUUGUUUUGUCAACUUUGGAAUUAAACAUUUGACUAUCUGCUGUUUGUAGUGUGGCGUUGUGUAUUCAUUAAUAUUGUCUACAACAAUAAGCUUUUAUAUUUUUUAAUUUACUAGCAUGUUAUCUAUCGGAUAUUCUCCAAACUUGACUGAUGUUUGGCUUAUAUGAAGCGAUAUAUCUCUACGAAGUUUGAUGCCUAUACCUUUUAUAAAAUUAAAAUUGGAACGGAUUUUGUAAUUUUCCAACCGUCAUUCUAUAAAAUUAUUAUUAACUCCACUCUUGGGGAUUUCCCUAGUUUGACCUGUGGUUUGACACUAUCAAGUUGCACUAUAUGGCAGUCAGACGCACCAAUUUGAGCUCUGUAUUUUCGCUUUAGCAAUACAACUUUUAUUGUUUUAUACCCAAUGCCAACGCUCUAAUAAUAUUAAAAACCACCUACUGAUUCAUUACCUAUACCUAUGGGAAAGUUUCAAAUGCUCUCUUGGUAGCUUUUCAAACCAUCAUUUGCGAUCAAUCAUGACACUUGUAAAUUAACUCGCUAUGCAUGCAAAUUCAACUGCCGUCAUGGCUUUCUUAUUGGACUUCUACUAUUAUGUGGAGAUCUACUAGUAUGCGGAGGCUAGUCAUCCCGGUCCUGUAAUUAGCAGAAGCCCUAUGGUCAUCAUCAAUCCUGUUAAGUGCUUAAUGCAAGGAGUCGGAAGAGCUUCAACCGAGACAUAGUGACCAAUAAAACAACAUGCAAUCUCAAUCUAUUUUGUUCCUGUUAUAAACUGCCAGAUGUCAAUAUUAGUUGGUCAGAUGAAUUUAAUGAUUUCUUGAAUAAUAUUUGCGAUCAGCACGAGAAUUUAUUAAUCGUUGGUGAUUUCAAAUCUACCGAAUAUAUCCUGGGACUCUAAUAACAAUGCCUUUGGUGCUAAUGAAAUGUCCUUUGUUGAUGCCCUGCAUGAUCACUAUCUAUUGCAGAUCAUCAAUAUUCCCACUUGUGGCAGCAACAUCUUAGAUCUUGUUAUUACAAAUGUACCAGACCACAUCGGCAUCAACAAGGUACUUUCCCCAGAUAAAGCUGCACUUUUCACAGAUCACAAUGUAAUCACGUUUUAAUACGCUGUUCGCGUUAAGGCUCCAUCCAAAACUCUUCGUUGUAUUUAUGAUUAUAACAAUGGUGACUUUAACGGUUUGUGUACAGCUAUUCACGAGAAAAAUCUCUCAUCACUGGUGACUUCUGACAAUAAUGAUUAUAUUAAUACUGAUUGGCAAUGCUGGUCAGACGCAUUUAUGGCUGCAAUUAAAGAUCACAUUCCAAUAAAAAGGCUUAAUUUAAGGGCCGUAACCCCUUGCCUUGGAUUAAUGGAACCAUUCUACAUUUAAUUAAGAAAAACUCAAUUUAACAAAAACUUAAAAAAUCCCCAUUUAAUUUAAAUCUGGGAGAUAAGUUCAGGACACUGCACACUGAAAUUAAACGCCUACUACGAGAAAGCCGCGAAAACUUCUUCAGAACUCUAAUAACUGACUACAAGUGCAAUCCAAAACGUUUCUGGUCGGUAUUAAAACAUAAGUCUAAGUCUCAAAAUAUACCAAACAAGAUUUCCAUGAAAACAGCCUCGGAUCUUGUGGACCCACCGUCAAGAACUGCUGCUGAUAAUCCUGCCGAAAUUGUUAACUUGUUCAACAGAUACUUUACAUCUGUGUUCACCAGUGACAGUUCACCUCACUAUGCUUGUAAGCCAGAUGAUACCCCGAAUAUAACUGAUUUAAAUCUAACUGUGUACAAAAUUCAAGCUGUCCUUGAAGCGCUGGAUGUUACAAAAGCAACAGGCUCAGAUGGAAUCCCCGCUAGACUGCUAAAGGAAACAGCUGAAGUCAUAGCUCCAUCCUUGUGCUGCCUCUUCAACAAAUCUCUCAACACAGGCACCUUACCUGACGAGUGGAAACUUGCAAAUGUUGUACCAGUACACAAGAAAGGCAAUGCUGAAUACAGAGAAUUAUAG